AAAAUAACUUUGAUACACUAUGGUCCAAGUGGCACCGGAUUUACGGAGAGUAUGGCCGAGAUCAGGACACUAUUGAAAGUGGGAGAAUCAGUCCAUCGAAAUGAUCAUAGGUAUUUGUUUGGCUAGUUCUCUCCUCAUGACGAGAUGUACGCUUGGUAAUCGAUGUUACAUAGCACUGUGUACCCACCAUCCAUCAUGUCAUGAACAUUAAUAGUGGGACGACAGCGCCUUCUUGUGCUCCUACGGCGGACAAGCACUGGAUUUGCCUCGAGAUCAGGAAACUGGUACAGGAAAAAUUAUUAGAAGUGAUCCCGGAAGGUCUUUACUUCCCGACGAUCUCACCCUGCUUGAUGCAAUCUCAUCCCAAUACCAUCGGAUGCACUGCCGGAUGCUAUGGAACCCUUGUAAGCCCUCUUUAUAUGAAGGCCUGCACCAUACGUGUUGCCAGAAUAGCUUUCCUUUGUCCCCUCAAUAAUGCCAAGAUUCAGGAGGACCUUGUUUGCCUUAAUGUCUUUGGCUGCCCUCCCUCUGACUUGGGCUACAGUCAAUGGUCCUGUCAUUUCUGCCAACUUUCCUGAUCCUGCCAUCCUUGUGACUAGCGGGGGUACUUACGCAUUUGCAACUAACUCUGGCAAUAUCAACAUUCAGGUUGCAACGUCAACUGAUGAUGGUGUAACUUGGGAGUUGGAGUCUGGUGUUGAUGCACUCCCGAAUGUAGGAUCUUGGGCAACUGCAAACAGUACUUGGGCGCCUGAUGUCAUUGAUAGAGGGGAUGGAACUUUUGUAAUGUAUUAUGCCGCAUGGUCGACCUUAUACAGUACUCAUUGCGUAGCAGCUGCUACUUCCAUCACCGCUGUCGGACCGUACACUCCCGAGUCGCAUCCCAUUGCCUGUCAAACUCAAGGUGGUGGUGCAAUUGACCCUGCGGGGUUCCAGGAUACCAACGGUACACGCUACAUCGUGUAUAAGGUGGAUGGGAGCAGUCUUGGAGGAGGUGGACCUUGCGGGAAUGCUAACGGAGAAUAUUCUACUCCCAUCAUGCUUCAGCAGAUGGAAGCUGAUGGUGUCACGCCCACUGGGGAACCGGUGCAAAUUUUGGAUAGAGGGCAAUUUGAUGGACCCCUUAUCGAAGCCCCAGUGCUUAUCUUGCAUAACGGAACCUACGUGCUUUUCUUCUCCUCGAAUUGCUAUAAUACCGAUCUCUAUGACAUUUCAUAUGCAACUGCACCAUCCAUUUCCGGCCCAUACACCAAGGCUUCGUCGCCGUUACUUAUAACUGGUGAUGAUGACCUUACGGCACCUGGAGGUGCGACACCACGCCUUGAUGGCGAGUUCAUGGUGUUUCAUGCAACCGUCAACACAAGUCCGUUGACUCGUUAUAUGUACACGGCGACUGUGACGUGGAAUGGGACUAUUGUGAGCACAUAAUCAAAUUACGAUGGCUUUGAGAAAAUGUACGGAUUUUUAUACACGAUUGACUAUUUUAUACUUGCUUGCUUAUGCCGAAUCUAAGCUGAGCAACAUAAUGACGGUGGAGCACACCAUGCCUCAUCUGGUAGUUACUUAUCACUCCUGUUCAUUGAUCUGACUACAACAAACGCUUCUCCCUGUAGAUACUCAAUGAACACGCGUGUGCCACCUCUCAAGAUCUCAGGCCUCCGAAGUCGGACUG